CUACCUCAACAUCUUCAGACUUGGUGGUUGACCUUGGCUUCGGCCAUGUCGAACUCUGUGCAUCAAAGCACACCUUCUCCAAAUAGGAAAGGGAAGCAAAAACGAAUCGACCUGAUCGAACCACAAAAUGAAUCUUCCCCUAAACGACAGCGGGUAUUGAGCAGUGCAACACGAAUUUUUAUCUUGGCCGAUAAAUUAACAACGGAAGAGCAUGAUGCUUUACGAUCUUUGGUGGUCGAUUUGGGCGGAAUGAAUGCAAAUAUGACAUUUGCAAAUGUCAUCUUGACAUCAAUGCGUGCUCCACGUAGGAUCGAACGUUAUUUGAAUGCGGACGUGAUCAAUCGACAUGUGCCAGUUUUGCAUACUUCUUGGCUUCACGACUCAGCUCGUGAACGAUUAUUGUUGGCGUACGAGCCAUACAAGAUUAUGGGUGGUGCCAGUCCUGAACUAGAGAAACAAAGAGAAGAGCUUGGUCUAGAUGUUGUGGGAUCAUCUGAGCAUGAGCAGACAGAGGAAAAGAAGGCUAUCCCGCCACCUUCUCCUCCACAUUCAGAUAGCCAAACGUUGCAGGAAGAGACAAAUGAUGACGACUCACAAACAGAGGAUGAAGAUGAUGCCACCUUUCAGCGGGCUCUUACUCCCUUUCAGUCCACUCAACAAGAAGAUUGCGAGGGUGAUCCGGAUUGGAAGAAUGUGGAUUAUGCAUGCAUGAGACCAUCUCCUCUCAAAUCAAAACAAAAUCAAGCAUUGGUGGACGAAUUGGAAGUGUUGCGUCUUCAACGCAUCCUUGCUGGGAAACAAGAGAUGAAUGCUACAGCAUACGGGCGUGCAAUCAGUGCAAUCAAGGCAUAUCCCCACUCUCUGCAGCCGAAUCCAUCCAACGCAAAGAACUUGAAAGGAGUUGGACCAAAGAUUGCAAAAUUGAUUGUGCAAUAUUACGAAGAAGGUCGGAUUGCUGAAGUGGAUGCAAUCCGCAAAGAUUCUGCAUUUCAGACAAUGAGCAGGUUUAUGCAAUUAUACGGUGUAGGCCCAAAACGUGCAAGGGAGUAUUACAGCGGAGGCGCAAGAUCGAUGGACGAUGUGAUAAAAAUGGGAGGAAGUUUGGGCGUUCAUCUACAUAUUGACGAAUGCUUGCGAAUCUUACCGGAUCUGCAACGCACAAUACCACGCUUGGAAGUGGAAGAGAUUUCAAAGACCAUCUUUGAUGAACUCAACAUCAUUGCUCCUGGUUCAACGUAUGUCAUCUGUGGAGGUUAUCGCAGGGGAAAGCCAGAAUCAAAUGAUGUGGAUAUCGUCAUCAGUCUACCACGCCCUCUGCAGCGAGGUGAAGAGCCCGAUCGAGGAAUUUGGAAUGUGAAAGAGCAAAUCGCAGUGAUGGACAAAUUGUUGAAAACGUUGAAACGAAAAGCAUUCAUCACUCAUGUUGUGAAUGUGAGCACACCUGCUUCCGUAUAUGAGAUGACUUAUAGCCGAUUAGAAUUGGCAGAAGUUGUGGUUAUGCCUUCGAGAUCCGAAACAAUCCCUGUUCCUCGUUAUCGUCGUGUGGAUAUCAUCCUUGGCCCUUGGGAAACGCAUGGAGCUGCGGUGCUUGGAUGGACAGGAAGUCGACAAUUCGAAAGAGAUAUAAGAUUAUUGGCUAAACACAAAGGGUUCACUUUUCACUCGACCGGACUUGUUCAUCAAGGCGAACGUGCUCCGUUAAGUACGCCACAGGAAGAGGAUAUCUUUGAGAUAUUGGGACUGGAAUAUAUGCCUCCGAGAUUACGAAAUUGUGAUGCUUAAUGUUAUUGUAUUAUACAUUGAAUCUAUACCCUUCUAUCAUCUGUAUCAUUCCCCAUAAAAUUCAAUCAUUGCUUCUACUACUUCUCUGGAUGCCAAUGGUGAAUCAUGUCCGCUCUCUGCCAUGAUCCAAUCUUUCACUGUAAUACCUUCUUUUGAGGACCACUCUUUUUCGAGAAUCUUUGCGAGGUAGGUUUUGCC